GGCGGGGUCGUACUAGUUUUCUAAAUCCUAUUAGAUUGUACAUGUUGGAUUUAUGUCGGAUUUCCGGAUAUGUUUUGACGGAUUCUUUUUUAUCAACACAUUAUAGUAAUGCCGCAACACCGAAAGCAAGUGAACGGCAAUUGUAACGUUCAGAACCAGCCAAUUUCUCGUGUAAUUCACAGACCAAUCCCAAUUACUGCAUCGUCCGUUGUCCUUUCACCUUUCGAAUUAGUCACUCCAAGAAUGCCUGUACGAACUGGGGGCGAUCCACCUGAGGCAGUACCUUCCGGUCACUGGUUUCAUGGAAAUAUAAGUCGUGAGGACACUGAAAGACUACUCAAACAUCAUUCGCAAAAUGGCACCUUCCUCAUAAGAUUCAGUAUAUCGACCCACAAAUAUGUUCUAAGCGUCAUUUAUAAUCAACAGCUAUACCACUACCCUAUCGAAGAAUUGUCUGAUGGAUUUUAUCAGGUCAAUGGAACAAAUGCUAAAUAUCUAGGUAUUGACUUGCUCGUAUCAGAGUUCCGGCGUGCAAAUAAUUGCAUAGUGUGUUCACUAGGAAAACCUGCACCAGGCAUGCGACCGCCUCCACACAUUACUGUCUAUGGUGUAACCAACGAUUUGCAUCAUGCUGUAAGGAAGGCAAAUCUUAAGGGUGUUCGUGAUCUAUUUGCACGUGUCAAUUCAAUGGGAGUAACAAGUUUGUCAGAUUAUGUAAAUGAAAAAUCAGCUGACAGUGGUGCUACUCCAUUAAUUGAAGCUGCUAAAACAGGCUCUAAUGAUAUUGUUCGAGUAAGUAUAAGUUUUACAAAUUGUAGAUUGUUUUAUGCAACCGAUUAUUAUUAUUAG